AUGAAGGCCAUCAGCACGCUGCGCUCCGCCUUCGCGAAGCUUUUGUUGAAGACGUGUAAUUCCAGAAAUGAUGGCACGUCAAAGUUACAAUCAGAAGGUACCGACUGGAACAGCUCGUACGCAGCGACGACCGAUUAUUAUCAACCGACGCUUCGCACAAAGACGGCCGUACGGAACACCAAAGCGGAGCGCCGGCCGGGUCUCUACUAUGUCCGCAAGAAGGGAUCGACUAGAGCCUGGGUGGAAAAGGUUGACAAGAACGGCAUUCGCACACAGUUGACGCGGCCCAGCGGCGCCGGAAAAGUGAAACCUGGAAAGCAGCAGAGACACAAUGUGGAUGAUCGGUCCAGAUGGGACAGUCAAUCACAAUGGACAGCUCAGGAGGGAGAUAGAACGGUGCAGUACGUGAUGAGUCAGGACCCCCGGACGUAUGACUACGACACUUCUUCAAUUUACUCGCAACAUGAUGAAUAA